AUUUUCAUAUCAACAGUCUAAUCGUUUGGCUACUUAAUUUUCAUUUGUUGUCAAUUCAAUUGGCAACCCUCCUCUGAGUGAAUGUCAACAACAAGAUACACGAGAAUUCUAGUGAAAUUGAUGCCUUGUUAAACGUCAAGUAGAAUUAAGUGUCAAAGAGAAGUUGUUUAUUUCGUCGUGCGGAUACUGAUCCAGUUUUUAGUUGAUAUAGUCCGACUAUCCUGGCGAAUCAGUCGGCGGCGUAAAUCCGUGGUAACAGUUUAGAACUCAGGGAGAAGAUACGGUUUCAGGAUGGCUUUGCGCCCAGAUGACCACAGACGGAAGUGGGAUCGUUCGGAGUACCACAAACUAGCUCAGGAAAGGAUUAGGAAUGCCAUUAAGGCAGCCGAGGAAUCUAAAGAACCUCUACAACGAGAGAACCUCAAACGGCGAGAAUACAAGGUCGACUUGGACAGUAAACUCGGUAAAAGCAUCGUUAUAAACAAAAAUACGCCGACAUCGCAAUCAGGCGGUUACUAUUGCAAUGUCUGCGACUGUGUCGUCAAGGAUUCCAUAAACUUCCUGGAUCAUAUUAAUGGCAAGAAACAUCAACGCAAUCUUGGCAUGUCGAUGAAGGUAGAACGGAGUACGGUGGACCAGGUCAAAAAACGAUUUGUUGUCAACAAGAAGAAAAUGGAGGAGAAGAAGAAAGACUUUGAGCUGGAAAGACGAUUACGCGAGGCAAAGGAGGAAGAGGAACGAUACAAAGAACACAAAAAAGAACGGCGAAAAGACCGCAAAAGGAAAGCGGAGGACUCAGCGGACUUGGAUGGCGAAGCAAGUGCCGGCCAGCCGGACCUUAUUUCCGUUAUGGGAUUCGCUGGCUUCGGUGGAUCAAAGAGGAACAAUUAGGCGCGCGGGGAACGUUUAGUAAAUUAGCAAAUUCAAAUUGAAAGAAAUAGUUUGAGGGCGCGAAUAGCUUGUUUUAAUCCUAUCUUUCAGCAAUACUAGUAUCCGAAUAACUUAUAGAAAGUUGAAAUGUAAAACUAGAAAAGAGUUUCUAGAAUUUAUUAAAGACUUACUCGUUCUGAUUGUAUAUUUUCAAUAUUUCCAAGAUUGAAAAUUAACCAUUGGUUUAAGUUGAACUACUUUGUUCUCCUAAAAUUUAUUUUAUUUGCUAUCAAUAAAGAGGUUUAUUGACGACAAGUGAUUUUU